GCUGUGCUGCCGGCUGAGGUAGAGGCAGGGCUGUGGCUCCUCUGCGGUUAGACCGCCCUCCGCAUCCAGCGCGGUCCCAGCUGCGUCCUGCCUCAGGAGAUGGUUGGGAGAGAGGUUGGACUUCGCUGGAUCAGUAAAAUAUAUCACCGAAACCUGCCUUGCUUAAGCUCAUCUGAAGGACAUGAAACAGUACAAUCGGCAGGAAAGAAAAAGCAGUCAAAGUUUAUUUUUGCGAUUGAGGCCGACAAAUGAAAAAAACCCCUUUUAACAGGCUCCCAGCAUGUACUCCUUUUUCUUUGCAAGCAUCUUAAGUGCCACUUGGAAGGAUUUAUUGGGAUCUAGCUCAUUUAGAUACUCUGAUCAAUGGUGCAGGAGCUAAAGAGUACAACAUAAUGGACACAGAUUUGUUUACCUGCAGUAUAAGCCUAGUUUUUCUCUUUUUAGUCAAGACAGAGGAGUGCCAAAUAUAUGACCUGAGUGAACGGCAUAAUCAAAGUUCAAUAUUUGUACCGACAGGGCAGCCUCUCGCUACUGAUUGUUUAUUGGGUAAUGUAUUGAAUCUUCAACAGGUGAAAAAGAACCUGACUUGGUACAGAAGUGGAGAAAAAAUGCCUAUAACUAAAAAUAAACAUUCCAGAGUACAUCAGAAAGAGAACGUCCUUUGGUUUAUGCCUGCAACUUUAGAAGACACUGGAUCCUAUGAAUGUAUUGUAGAGAAUGUAACAAGCUGCAACAAAAUAUAUUUAAAUAUAAACGUUUUCAAAACUGCUAAUGGUUUGUGUUACAAUAAGAAAUUUUCCUAUACUCAAUAUAUACUGAAGUCAUCAACUGCAAGUAUUGUGUGUCCUGAUCUCUACUACUUCAGAGAUAAGAAAAAUAUUUGGCCUGUGCACUGGCUUAAGGAAUGUAACCUAUUUGAAGACAAAAGAUUUCUACCCCAGAGAGAUGAACUUAUAAUAACUAACGUGAGUGGAAAAGAUGCAGGAAGUUACUUAUGUCAAGCAACAUAUAAUUAUAUGGGAAAACAAUACAAUGUUUCACGAAACAUUUAUGUAACUGUUGUAGAGAACCCAGCAAAGAAGAACACUGAGAUUCUUUAUCCAAGAAACAAUACAAUUGAAGUUAAACUUGGGUCCAGUCUCAUCAUAGACUGCAAUGUAUCAAGUUUCAAAGAUUAUUCAAUUGCUAUAUCCUGGAAAUUCAAUAAUUCUUUAGUCAAUUAUUUUUUUAACAAAAGAAUAAGAGAGGAAGAUCAAGAAGACUCUUUCUUUGCGGACCACAUGUUCUCUAUUCUGAGGCUGAACAUUACGGAAGUGAAGCGUGAAGAUUAUGGACACCACUUUGUGUGUCGUGCUGGCAAAGUUUCAGCAUACAUUGUAUUACAAAGGCCAGCUCGAAAUAUUCAAGGAUACUUGAUUGGCGGAUUCCUUUCAUUGGUGUUUCUAAUAGUUGUUGCCAUAUUAAUCUACAAGCUUUUAAAAAUUGACAUUGUGCUUUGGUAUCGAAAGUCCUGUGGACCUUUUCUGAAUAAAGAAGUUUCAGAUGGGAAGAUAUAUGAUGCAUACGUGUUGUAUCCAAAAUCCAGCAAAGUCACCUGCAGCUGUGUAACAGAUAGCUUUGUGCUCAGGGUGCUUCCUGAGGUCUUAGAGAGACAAUGUGGAUAUACGCUUUUUAUAUUUGGAAGGGAUGAUUUACCAGGAAAAGCCGUGGUCAAUGUUGUUGAUGAAACAAUUAAAGAAAGCAGAAGACUGAUCAUUGUUUUAGAACCAAAAACAUCAAGCUACAAUUUGUUAGAGGACUCUCCUGAAGAACAACUAGUUUUGUACAAUGCUCUCAUCCGAGAUGGAAUUAAAGUAAUUUUGAUUGAGCUAGCUAAAACAAUAGACUACACAAACAUGCCAGAAUCAAUCAAAUACAUUAAGCAAAAGCAUGGAGCUAUCCAAUGGGAAGGAGACAUUACACAGAAAUCAUACUUAACAAGUACAAGAUUUUGGAAAAAGGUGCGAUACAGAAUGCCACCCAGGUAUUCUGCUUCUUCAGAACUACCUUUGCGACCAGUCACCUUGAACACACCUUUCAGACAAGACAAAGAUGAGGCAUGUCAUUUUAAUGAUUCUGGGUAGCACAUUUUCUUUUGAUGGACUAUCAGAAUUUCUCAUGCAUUGUAAAAGUGCCGUUUCACUGGAAACUUUUGAGGAUUAAAGACUUAAGAAUGUUUUUGUUUUCAGAGCUUAAAGAAAAAUAAUCUCUGCUGUACAGACCUUAUUGGCAGCAUGUGCGACACUGAACAGUGAAAGAUGGAGAUGGUUCAUUUGAGUGAUAUCAUGGCAAUUGAACUUUAAUUUUAUUGGACAUUUUGAAAUGAUUUGGAAGAGAUGGGUAAAGAGUUAACCAGAUGUGGGAAAUGAUUAUAUAGUUCCUAGAUAACAGUAAGUCAUGCUCUGAGGCAAAUGUCAAAAUUUGUUGGAGCAAGCAAGACCAGUGGAAAGGAAUAUAAGUAUAGGAAGGGUUCUGAUUCCUAACAUUACAUUUGUUAUUUCUUUGAAAGGAGCAAAUCCAAGCCUUAGAAUUGGCUUUAUACUUAUCAAUCUUCACAGGAGGUGUGGCGUCAAUCUUCGCCAACAUUAUUAAAAGUAAGACUUGAGGUUUUAUCAUGAUACAUAUCUUAGCAACUUCAGCCCUACAAUGUGCUCUGAACUGGGUUUGAUCAAAGGUAGUUUAGAGCAGGGGCGGGCAAUUAUUUCAGGCAGAGAGCCGCUUGCUGAGUUUUGGCAAGUCAUUG